AUGCGCGGCAGCCGCCUUGGCACCAGCCUCCCCCCACAAGUUGCACAAGGUGCACAACUCUCACGACUAUCGCUCUUCUCCCCCCUCUCUUCUGCUAGGUCGAGUCAACUCCUUCGCAACAUCCACAACAGGUCAUCGCCCGCCACGAAACUCAAUCUUCCAUCCGGCCAAGUCACCAGCACCAUCGCUCCCCUAUCAUCCAAGUAUUGGCCCAAGUACCAAAUCCCCGAGGGCGCACCACAGCUCAUCUACGAACCCAAAGACGCCGGCCCCCUCACAAUCUCCUGGACAAACAAACAUGUCUUGAUUCAAGAUGGACCCGGUGCUGCGCCCAGGGCUCUCAGACCCGUCAACCUCCGAGAUAGCUGCAUCUGUCCAGCAUGCAAAGACGCCUCGUCGGGACAAAAGAGCUUCGCGAGCACCGAAAUCCCCUCCAACAUAGAAAUCUCGUCGGUCCGGCCAACAGACGCCGGACUGGGCAUCCGCUUCUCCAACGACAUGCCCCGACUCCCCGACCACGAAACGCUCCUCGCCUGGCACCAUCUCCGUGCCCCCCGCAAGCGAAACCCAUCGAGCCCAGCCUCCAAAAGCACCAUCCUGGCCCGCACCGGCGUGCAGUACUGGGACGCGGCCACUCUUCCCAAGCACAUGCGCAAAAUCGACUACGCCGACUUCAUGGCCGGCGGCGCGCCCUUCUGGGACGUGGUCAUCGACCUCUGCCGCCUCGGAAUAGUGUACCUGAAAAACGUGCCGCGCGACGAGUCCUCCGUCGUGCUCAUCACCACCCGCAUCGCCAACAUCCGCGAGACGCUGUACGGACGCACCUUUGACGUGCGCGCCAAGCCCGACGCCGAAAACGUCGCCUACACAAGCGGCUACCUCGGCCUGCACCAGGACCUGUGCUACCUGCGCCCGCCGCCCAUGAUCCAGGUCCUGCACUGCAUGGACAACUCCUGCAGCGGCGGCGAGUCGCUCUUCAGCGACGGCGAGCGCGUCGGCCGCCUCCUGUGGCCGUUUGUCUCCGCCGGCGCGGGCCGCAUGGCCAGCCUGGCCGAGCACAAGGUGCCCUACCAGUACGACAAGCACGGCCACUUUUACCACGCGGACCGGAGCGUGGUUGACGGCGACGGCGGGCGCUUCCGGGGCGUGUACUGGUCGCCGCCCUUCCAGGGGGGGUACACGGACGGCAACGCCGAGGCCACCGCCGGCGACGACAUGACGGCCUGGAUCGAGGCGGCGAGAGUGUUUGAGGCGCUGGUGAGCGACGGCCGCGCCGUGCACCGACACAAGAUGGCCGAGGGCGAGUGCGUGCUGUUUGACAACCUGCGCGUCAUGCAUGGCCGGACGGCGUUUGAUGCCGCCCGCGGCGGCGCGCGGUGGUUGCGCGGCGCCUACAAUGCCGCCGAGGACUUCCUCAGCACGGCUGCGCACAUUCCCGAGGGCCAGGCCGACUUAUGUAGGGGGAGCGAGGAGUGGAGUGAUGACCAGGCACAGGCGGAGUUGCGCCGUAGUGAGUGGUGGCCCGAUGUCGUGAGGAGGGUGAGGGAGGUCGAGAGGGCCUUGGGCUGA